CAUUUUUUUUCCUCUCUUUCCCUGCUGCUGCAAUAGUAGGCCAAAACUGUGAUAGUAAUCACUGUUUCAAUUUCAAGAAUCUCAACUUUCUGAGCUUAUUACACAAUUUAGCGCAUACCCAGAUAAGUUUUUUCACUUUGGUAAACAUGGUUGAUGUUUCUGAAGCUGAAGGAGAUAGAGAAGUACCAAUUUGCCCUUCAAUUCCUUCUGGUGAACAAACGGUUUGGGCUGAUGCUUCAUCUGUUCUUCAGCUCGCCUGCAAUGAUCUUCGAGAUGGAGAGCUGAUACAUGCGGAAAAUUUUAAUCUUUUUGCUGCCAUGUCAGCAUUAGAGAUAAUGGACCCAAAGAUGGAUUCAGGCAUGGUACGCACAUACUAUUCAGUAGAUGAAGCUAUUGAGUAUGGUGCUGCUCCUAUUCCUUUGAGUUUUGACAAAACAGUUGAUGUGCAACGUGUCAUUGAUAUCAUGGAUCAUCUUCUUGCUUGUGAGGCAACAUGGCAUAAAGGUUGUUCACUGGCUCAAACUGUUUUUUCUUGCUUAUACCUUUUGAGGCCUGAUAGGGCGUCAUCACAUGCGCUACUACAUUCAUAUUGCAGAGUCAUGCGUGCAACCUGCAAUGCGGUUGUCUGCACAGUCUCAGAUACACGCACAAAUGAAGAGGAAGAUCUCUUCACUAUGACACAUGGCCUUCCUCUAAAGGUAGAUGGAGAUGACAAAUGUUUGACAAUGCUACAUGCAGUCGAAGAAACAAUUGCUCGUCAAUUACGGGCUUGUAAAGCUACAUUGUCUAAGAAGAGAGUUACAGAAGAUAUAGAACCAUUACAAAAUAACCCUGAUUUGGAGGAAGGAUUCUGCAAAUCUUUGUUAUGCCGAUUACGUUUUCGUAAGCACUUUUACCAUGUUGUCACAAAUAUGAAGAGACCACAAGGCAGAGGUUUGGAAUUGGCAAAGAAACAUAUUGCUUGUUGCUUUGAAGAGUUAGAAUCCAUGAUUAAGUCAGCAGAAUUCUUGAGGUCUAUCAAUGCACCAGGAACUUUGGAAGAUGGAAUGAAAAAUGAAACAACAGCUUCAGGUUGUCAACCUGUUGGGUUUGAUUCUACCUUAAAUAGUAGAUUAUCGGCUCCAACUCCACCUCGUGCUAUCGAGACAAUUAGCUGGAAGAAGGCAGCUGAAUAUUUCCAAAAGCUUCUUCAUGAACUAGAGAUCAUAUGUUUCUACAGUUUAGAUCCAGUCUUUGAAGGUGUUUUACGAUUUGUGGUCGAGUUUCAAAAGUUUCAACCAGAAUUGGUUGCUAGAGCUCAUCUCCAGCAUUUGCUGGUUCAAGAUGGGAAGCUUUAUGGGCGUGACUCUGUCUUUGCUGUGAUUUGUAAAGCUUCUUUGUUACCUGAGGUGGCGAAGAACCAUGAUAUUCAGAAGAACGAAACUGUUGUACAGCUUGGGCAAUUGUUAAUCACUUUGCUUCGAGUUCUUUGUACCAACAUUUCGUGGCAAAGGCGUAAACUUGGAAAGAUUUUGCAAGAUUGGCGCAUCAUACACGUACAGCUGGAACUGGCUUUUAGGAAAGAGUGCGGAGAUAUCUCAGCCACUGCAAGUAACGAGAAUAUUUGCAUGAAGAUAUGCAGACACAUUCUCAUAUGGGUGGAGGAGCAAACAUACUGGAUUGCUUCCCGUUUCCUGAUGUUGGGCUUUGAAUUAGACUUGUAUUCUACUGGUGAAUAUUGUAUGGUCUAUUGGUACAUGUAUAUUAUCCUGAUCAAGCUUGCGGAGAGAACACAUAUGAGGGAAAUGACAAGCAAUGAAAUCAGUAAGAAUGCUGCUUGUUCCAACCAUCUCUUUUUCCCUAGUUGUUGGUGUAAAAAGAAAGGGAAGAAGAAAAGAGAUUUGGUGAAAGAUGGAGGAAAAGAUAAUCAACUCCCACCUGCAAUUUUGUUUCUUCAGUGCCAUGUAUAUCUCGCUGAAGGUCUUACCAUGAUGCUUGCAGCUUUGAGGAAUGAACGGCAAAUCUAUCUCAGUACAGGACCUUUCAAUAGUGAGCAUGAGAGGUUUGUCCAGCACUUUGAGUUGCUUCUGAAAGCUUGCCUGCCUGAUCAUGUCUCAUACUAUUCUUUCGAGGAGACAACUGCUCAUGCUCGUCUAUCUAGCGUGUCUAUGUAUAACUGCUUCAAAGAAACUCAGAGAAUAGCAAAGGAGCUAAGGAGCAAUUUUUCUAAUGAUUCGGAUAAAAUGGCAGAGCUUCGUCGUAUCGAACAGGUAGCUGAACAUAACAGUGUUGCGCUAAGUCUUAUUUCCCGGCUAGGGGCUGUUGACGCGUCGCUUAAGGUUCAAUUCGAGUUCAGCCACCAUCCUUUCUUUGCCACUGCUGUGGUAAAGAGAUCUUGAAGAUGAAUUUCUCUUCAUCUCCAAAUUUUGCCAUCAUUUCACUGUUGUGAAGAGAUCUUGAAAGAGAAAUUCUUCUCUUGAUCUGCAGUUUUGAAGUAUUAUUAGGUCUCAUUGGAUGAUGCAGUUGAUUUUUUCUUUGAUAUUUACAUUAUUUUUCUUUUCAUUUAUUUAUUUAUCUAUCAUUUCCAAUGAUGUAAUAUUGUAAUUUGGAAAAUGAAUAAUCAAAUAUUUCAUGUAAAAUAUAGCCAUCUAGUGUGGGACAUAUGAGGCUUUGCUAGAUCAUAUGUUGUGUUUUGAAAACAAAACAGAACUUUAUUUUGAAAUCCCAAAAAAUUUAAGUGGAGAAGGGUA